CCCCUGUGGGGACCUGAGGCAUUUCAGAGAAUGUCCUAUCCCUGGAAGUGUUCAGGGCCAGGCUGGAUGGCACUUUGCACAACCAGGUCUAGUGCAAGGUGUCCCUGCCCAUGGCAUUGGGGCUGGUCCUCGGUGGCCUUUAAGGCCCCUCCCAACCCAAACAAUUGUUUGAGUGGCACAGGCAGUGCUGGUUUUGCUCAGCCCUGUGUCUGCUGUGCUGGUGUGUGUGGCCAGGUGAGCCUCCAGGUACUGCAACCCCAGAGGCUCCAGCCCUCUGGUUGUCUGAACUCUUUUAGAGUCCGGYCAGGUUGCCAUCUGUUGGGUCUUGCCUAUCUCUACAUUUUUUCCUCCUUGCCCAACCCCACCCUGCCUGCAGUUGAUCCUGAAAAUCGUGAAGCAAUUGCCAGCAUUUCCAGGCAACCUGCCCAAAGAGCGACACGGCACAGCAGUUUCUCAAGCAGCUCGAUCACAGAGGACUCGGACACGAUGCCAAGAGCUCUUGCAAUAUCUGAUACUACAAGAUCAGCUACUGGAGAUCUUUCCACCAUGUUCGGGAAAAAGAAGAAACGGCUGGAAAUCUCCGGGCCCUCCAACUUCGAGCACCGGGUCCACACUGGCUUCGACCACCGGGAGCAGAAGUUCACGGGGCUGCCUCAGCAGUGGCACAGUUUGCUGGCAGACACGGCCAACCGGCCGAAGCCCAUGGUGGAUCCAUCAUGCAUCACUCCCAUCCAGCUGGCUCCUAUGAAGACUAUUGUUCGAGGAAACAARCCUCGAAAGGAUACUUCGAUCAACGGUCUGCUGGAAGAGUUUGACAAUAUCUCAGUGACACGAUCCAAUUCCCUGCGGAAGGAAAGCCCUCCCACCCACCACCAAGGAAACGCAAACCAUGUGCAGAGGCACCAGGAGGAAAAUGGCUACAUCACGUAUUCCCAGUACUCCAGUGAGUCAGACACUACCACAGACUAUGUCGUGGAGAAAUACCGAGACAAGGGUCUGUACGGGGAAGAGUUGGACAGAUACUACAAGGGCAGCUACGCCRCCAAGCAGAACGGCCACAUGAUGAAGGUGACAUCCCGGGACAUCUACUACUCGGAAGUGACACCCCUGCAGCCAGACCUGUCCAGGUUCCUCCCAGAUUACCACGCACACCUGGAGACCAAGCCCAAAGCGCUGGAAUACGGCGGCCUGAAGCUGGAGUAUCAGCGGAUCCCCAGCGGAUCCUCCCUGGACUACAGAGAUUCCUUUUCUUACGCCCCGUCCCGCGCGUCGGUGCAGAGCGAGUGUCCCAAGGAGAGGCUGGAGUACGGUGACAGCGACUGGGGACACGGCCUGGGCAAGGACGACUACGACAAGAGGCCCAAAUCUUCCUACGUGGACCCCGCGAGCCCUCAGCCGACCAUGAGGCAAAGGUCCAGGUCGGGCUCCGGCCUGCAGGAGCCGGCCAUGCCCUACGGAGCAAGCGCCUUCAAAGCACACCAGCARGGACAUUCCUACAGCUCCUACACCUACCCCCGCCUGUCUGAAACGGCGGCAGGCAUUCCCAAGGUGGAUUAUGACCGAGCACAGCUGGUUGUCAGCCCACCGCUCUCUGGGUCCGACACCUACCCCAGGGGCCCAGUCAAGCUACCUCAGAGUCAGAGCAAAGUCAGCUACUCAAGCAGCAGCUACCAGUACCCUCUGGUCUACCACAAAGCACCCCCCUAUCACCAGCCACCUCUCCAGCCCGGCUCCCCCUACAUUUCCACCGCCUCCUACCCCAGCUCCCCGAGCAUCACGUCAAGUGCUUACCCCCCGCCCAGCUGGGGCUCCUCCUCGGACCAGCAGCCCUCCAGGGUGUCCCACGAACAGUUCCGAGCUGCCCUGCAGCUUGURGUCAGCCCCGGAGACCCCCGGGAGUACUUGGACAACUUCAUCAAGAUCGGGGAGGGCUCCACGGGCAUCGUGUGCAUCGCCACCGAAAAGCACACGGGGAAGCAGGUCGCUGUCAAGAARAUGGACCUCAGGAAACAGCAGAGGAGGGAGCUGCUCUUCAACGAGGUUGUGAUCAUGAGAGAUUACCACCACGAGAACGUGGUCGACAUGUACAACAGUUACCUGGUGGGGGACGAGCUCUGGGUGGUGAUGGAGUUCCUGGAGGGCGGCGCUCUGACGGACAUAGUGACUCACACCAGGAUGAAUGAGGAGCAGAUUGCCACGGUGUGUCUGUCCGUGCUCAGAGCCCUGUCCUACCUGCACAACCAGGGCGUCAUCCACCGYGACAUCAAGAGYGACUCCAUCCUGCUCACCAGCGACGGCAGGAUAAAAUUAUCCGAUUUUGGGUUCUGCGCCCAGGUGUCCAAGGAGGUCCCCAGGAGGAAGUCCCUGGUUGGGACACCGUAUUGGAUGGCACCGGAGGUGAUWUCCCGCCUGCCCUAUGGCACCGAGGUGGACAUCUGGUCCCUGGGCAUCAUGGUGAUCGAGAUGAUAGAUGGUGAACCCCCCUACUUCAACGAGCCGCCGCUGCAGGCCAUGCGCCGCAUCCGGGACAACCUCCCGCCCCGCGUGAAGGACAUGCACAAGGUCUCCUCGGUCCUCCGCGGCUUCCUGGACUCGAUGCUGGUGCGGGAGCCCUCGCAGAGAGCCACGGCACAGGAACUGCUGAGACACCCCUUCCUCAAACUGGCUGGGCCCCCCUCGUGCAUCGUGCCCCUCAUGAGGCAGCACAGGCAUCGCUGACGCGUUUUGGGAAGGGGUCAGCGCCGAGUCCGGCUCACGGCCGCGUGGGAAUGCCAGCAGUUGCGUGGGAUCCGCAGGAGUCAAACCUUGUGAAGGAAUGGGCCCUGCGGAAAKGCCGCGGUGUACAAAGAACCCCAAAGCAGGCAGUGCUCUCUGUGCUCCCCAAGUGCCAGGGACAGGGAGCAAUCCCAGCCUCGCUCCGCCACGCUCUGGCACCUUCUAGGCCAUCCAGCCAGAAGACACCGAAUGCCARCGUUGGAAAGGUAAUUUGGCAGAGGAGAGCACAGCCAGAGCGGAACACCAGGACUUUACUGCAGGCUCCGGCACUUCUAUUUCAGAAGAACACUUUUCUGACAAAAUUAAGCACUUUUUAUCUCGGUCAGAGCAGCGCAAUGUAUUUUGCAACAAGUUUGUAAUUUUCUGUACAGUACAUUUUGAUAACUUGCAGUACUUUGUCAUGUAACUGUUGUGUUAGUUGAAGUAAUACGUGUAAUUUAGCGAGAAUUUGAGAAUAUGAAGUUUCCUACUUUUUUAACCCUUUUGAAAA